GGACAGACUUUUGCUAGAAUUUGUCUUCCAGUAUGAGCAAGACAUAAGUACUAAAGAAGAGAUGAUUCAAAGAAUUAAUAAAACCACCAGAAAUCAGGGAUCAAAAUUGAUAGAUGCCACAUUUUCAGGAAUAAUAAUUCUGAAAAAUAAUGUGAUCAGAGAAAUAGCAAGGCAAAUCACACAAGUACUGUAUAGUAUUUUAAGAUCCUGCAAAACAACUAUAAAAAAUGGAGUUCUAAAUUUCUUAAUCGUUCUGAAAAGAAUGCUGUGAAGAUAUUAAGGAAAACAAAGUAACUAUUUGUAGGAUACACGAAACUAUAAAUACAACAGAUGAGGAAAUUGAUCAUUACUAUAAACAUAGUGAGGAGAUUAAAGACAACUGUAGAAAUUGGAAGCCAACAUGUGAUGUUUUCCGUAAACAUGAAGAUUAUAUGCAGGACCAAUUUACUGUUUAUCGAGAAACUAUUGAAAAAGACAAAGAAAUGUAUCAUGAUUAUAUAUGUCAGUAUAAAGAAGUUUUGAAGCAGUACCAACUAAAAUACUCAGAAACACCCUUUUCAUGUGAAUAUUAUGUGAAGAAAAAAGAACAUGAAGAAAUUCAAAGCAGAGUGUUGGCAUGUACUGAACAAUUAAAAAUGAAUGAAACAAUUUUUAUGAAAUUUCGAGUGCCUGCUCCCUUUCCAUCACUUACUAAAUGGACAUUAAACAUUGUUAAUUUGAGAUGUGAAACACAAGAUAUUCUUAAACAUGCCAGCAGUCUUACCAAAAGUUCAUCCGAAUUGAAGAAAGAAGUAGAUGAAAUGGAAAUAGAAAUUAAUUAUUUAAACCAGCAGAUAUCUAGGCAUUAUGAAACUAAGGCUCUUUCAGAAACUCUGGAAGAAAAGAACAAAAAUACAGAAAACAGAAAAGAACUAAAAGAAAGAAUUUUUGAAAUAGAUGAGCAUGUACUUGCAUUGAAUAAAACUCAAAGCAGUCAAUUAUUUCUUCCUUAUGAAUCUCAGAAAUUAGUAAGACCAAUAAAGAUGCAUUCUUCAGAACCAAGAGUUGCAGAUAUAAAAGAAGAAAGUUCUGUGAAGCAGUCAAAGCUUGCCAAUAUGGACUUUAGACGAAAAGAAAAUGAUACACAGAUAUUUAAUGACUCUGCUGUGGAUAACCAUUCAAAAUGUUCAGAUAUUACGACUAUCAAAAGUUCACAAAAGUUUAUGCAAGUCAGAUUGUUAACCCCACAGAAACAAUCAAAUUCCAGUCAGUGGUCAGAAAAAGGAGAUAAAGAUGCUGAGUAUGGAGAUAAAGGGACAGUAAGACAAGUAAGAGAAUCAAAAUGUACUUCAAAAGCUAUAUAUACUGAACAUUUUGGGAAGCCAAUAGAAAAUGAUAGUGACGAAGUAGAAGAGAGAGCUGAAAAUUUUCCACGAAUGUCUGAAAUUCCUAUAUUUUUAGGAACUCCUGAAGCUGUGAAAGCACCUGAGUCACUGGAGAAAAUAAAAUUCCCUAAAACCCCCCCGUUCGAAAUUAACAGAAAUAGAAAUGCAGUACCUGAAGUUCAAACACAAAAGGAAUCCCCUGGACUUUCUUUUCUUAUGAGUUAUACUUCUAGAUCACCUGGAUUGAAUUUAUUUGGUUCUUCAGUAUUUGAUACAGAAAUCUCAUCAGAUCAGUUUAAUGAACAUUAUUCUGCAAGAAAUCUAAAUCCUCUGUCAUCAGAGCAAGAGAUUGGAAACUUAUUUGAGAAGCCAGAAGGAGAAGAUGGCUUUACAUUUUCUUUUCCAUCAGACACUUCAACUCAUACAUUUGGAGCUGGAAAAGAUGAUUUUAGUUUUCCAUUUUCAUUUGGACAGGGUCAAAAUUCAAUACCUUCUUCUUCUUUAAAAGGUUUUUCAUCUUCCUCACAAAAUACAACACAGUUUACUUUUUUUUGAGCUAGUCAUUAAUUCCUUAAAUUAUUUUACUGUUCUGUGUUCAUGAGGGCAUAAAUUUACAUUAUUGCUUAAAACAUGAAGACUGCUUUCUUUUGUUGAUUAAAGAAGUAAUUGUUUGAUUAUAUUUAUUGAAAUAUUGAAAUACUGAAUAUUUUGGAUUUUGUGUGUGCUGUUAACUAAUCAUUAUUUAUUUUGGUUUUGAUUUUGUGAGCCGUGGUCCGGUAGAACUUUUAUUAAUCUUAAUAGAAUUUGAUGCUUUUUUCAUUACUCUUUAUUUUAAAUAUUAAGCCUGCUUCUCCUUGGAACCUAAGGUUUUUUUCUGGAAGUAUUGUUGAUACUUUGAUAAGAACAAGAACUGCAGUAGUAACUCCAGAGUUAGUGCUGAAGUGUACUUUAGCUACCAAAAAUUUCUUUUAAAAUUAUUGGGUAUCACUUCUGCUUCACUAUGUAGUAUACAGAGUGGUACUGUAAUAAUAAUUUCAAACAAUUUAUGUUAAUAACAAAAUCUGUGUUAUUUUCUUCUAAUAUAACACAUGGUACAAUUCUAAUUUUAUGAGUUAUGCUAAUGCUUUCAAUGGCUAAAAAUUAAAUGUGAAGGGCAAGAGUAAUUUCUGAAAAUUGGAUUGUUGUAUCAGUGGUGAU